AUGACCUCUGAGGAGGUUGAGCUGGACAUAGCGUCCUUGACCAGGGCCCUGGAGCAACUCAAUGGUGAAGUCCAUGGAUCACGUGUCGGAGUGCUCGAUGCGAUUCGAUCCCGAGGGGCAGAGUUUUCUGCGGCUUCUGGCCAGGUCAGCGAAUUGCAGCGGCGAGUUACCGAGUUGAAGGAGGAUCUUGGGAUUGCAUCCACCGCUACCCCGGCUGCCCUGGCUGCACCAGUCCUGGCCUUGCAAGCCGCUGACGUGCAGCAGGCCUCGGAGAGGCAUUCACAGCUCAAGGCCCAGCUUUCAGAACUCGAUGAGGGCGUUGGGAUCCUUGCGAUUCUCCUUGAGGUACGAAGAAUGCUCGCUCGAGUGGAAGACCACCUGUCAGGACACAGGUUCACACAGGCCGCCGAGCACCUGCAAAACGCUGCCGCAUCUUUGGCAGAGAUCUCUGCGCCGACGGGCAUGGACGAGCCCGACAUGAUCCGGUCUGCGAAGGCUGAGUACUCCAGACUGCGAGCAAGCUUGGUGGCCGAUCUCGAUGCUGGCUUCCAUGAGCUGGUCUUCUCUGGGACAGACGCAAGCGCCGGAUGCGCUGCAAGUGUUGAGCGAUUGCAGGAGCUUUGGAGUCUGUAUCAGGUUCUAGGCUUGAGGGGCCGUCGACUGGACCGGCUUUCUUGUGAAGUUCGGAGAACUCUUCUGGCACCGCUGCUGGCCGCGGCUGCGAGACUCGGGCCGGGCCGGUGCUUGCGCCGUUUGAAGCAAAGCCCCGGCCCUGGCCGCCCUGGCUUCGCCAGGGGCGUCCUUGGCUUCGCUUGGGAGGAGGCUCCGACGAAAGCCGCCUCCGCCUCCGCGAGACACUCCGGCGAAACCGUGCUGCCGCCGCUGCUGGAGCUCUUCGAGGAAGCCUGGCACUGGGCCGGUGAACUCCCGGAGGUCUACGCCGCCCUGGGCUCUCGGCUCUACGCCCACGCCGCGCGUCAGCUCUUGAGCCACUUCGAGGUUUACGACCUCGAUGAGGGCCGAGCCAUCGAGGAGUUCGAGACGCGUCUCCAGUCGCGAGGUUUCAUCCGCGCUUCUGAGAGUCCGCUGCAGAGGCAUGUUCGUCAACUCAGUUUUGCGAAGGACGAGGCGCGGAGGGCUUCCAUCCUCGUCCAAGCCAAGGCUUGGCUUCAGGCUGAGUCCGCUGACUUGGUCAGCGUGGAUGAUGCUGCUUUCCAUGAUGUGACCGAGCUCCUGCAGUCGGAGGUCCCUUCGCCGCCGAAGCCGCCGGAGCUCCAGAAGAGUCUCCGCCUUCCUUCGAUGAAGGUGUCGUCUGUGCUUCUGCGGUUGGUCAGGUGCAUCUUGAGCUCCGUGAAGGCAGCCUGGGACGGACAACAGGAAGCAAAAGAGACCCUCGAGCUCGUUCGGCGACUCUGCAUGCUCUUUGCAUUGGUGAGGCCGCAUGUGCACCAACUCAAAGUGGAUGCGAAGCUCUGUUCAGUCUUUUUGGCCGAUGUCCUGUGCUUGGUGAACAUUCUGAUCUGGCUACCCUACAGAUGGCCCACGCCUCAUCCAGCCGACCUAGUGACUCUCGACUUGGUGCCCCAGCUUCGUCAGCUGGGCGAGCUGCAUUUCACUGGCAUGCUGCGAUACCAGAAGGACCAGCUCUUCUCGGCCUUGUUGCCGUGCAAUUUGGGCCGGGGUGCCGCGGAGGAUGCUGCCUACGUCGCCACAGAGGCCGCCCUGGGCGCAGCCGCGCAGCAGCUGAAGGUUUUCUGCAGCGGCGUUUAUGGAGUACUCCCUGCCCAAAUCCUCCGAGAGAGCGUCCUGCUGCUCCUCGGCUUUUUCUGCAAGGAGCUCGUGCGGAGGCACCUGGAGGCUGCCGACGAACCGCUGUCAAAGCCGACGAAGGUUGAUCUAGCAGCUGGCGUUGGGCGAGUUGUCGGCGUCGGUGGCCGCUUGUUGGAAACUUUCGCGGGAGCUGCAGGCGUGGGGGGCUCUGGCUCAGACGAUUUCCGAGAAGUGCUGGCUGGAUUGAAAGAUCCACGAGUCCCGGACGCGAGUCCUCAGAUGGAAGUCUGGGUGCUGGACGGAGAAGACGUGUCCAGCGUGAUUGCGCUGUUGACAUCUGCACAAGCGAUGGUGCGCCAAAGCCUUCAAGCAGCAAACCUUGCAGCUGUGGAGGACGAGGUCCCAGGUUACUCCGAGCUUCAGCUGGUAGCAGACUUGCUGGGCUCCGACUUCUCGCGGUUCCUCCAAGGGCGCAAGAAGAUCCUGAAAACCAUGCAGCGGGACGAGGUGAUCCGGUUAAUGAAGUUGAGCUGGCAGGACGAGGACUACAAGCAGGGCUUAGUGGAUGCUGAUUGCCCGAAUCCACUAAUCCUUGCUUUGCUGCUUGUGAGCGAGGUCCAGCUGCAAGCGCCGCCAUGGUAUGACUUGGACCGGGCCUUCGCGCUGCUCAGAAGCCCUGGCGAUGAUGUAAUGUACGACUUUGCACAGGCCAUCUCCGAAGAAGGACGGUCCCUGCACGAUGUGGGCCUUCGACUCGCAAAGGAGGCUUCACCAUUCCAGCAGCACCUCAUGGCAUCGGCACCAGCUGCUUGGCCGCUGCGCAAAGCUCUCAAGCGGGUGCAGGCAGCCCAGGACCGGCUCAGCGAUGCGGUGCCGCUGAUUGCGCAAGCAGUGCUCGGCGGCCAUGCGCCCUCAGCAUGUGCUACCGUGCUUCCAGGGGUCGCAGGAACCUCUCUGCCGGCACCGGGCGGCUUCAACACGGCAUGUUGGGACGGUCCCGCUGCCAGUUCUGCAAGGCUGGACCUUGUGGUCGCGCACUGCAGAGAGCCGUUGGAUUGGCUACACACCAAACUCACAAAGAUGCCUCCAGGCUCGAGGCUCUUCCUGUACGAGAAGUGUGGGGCUUGGACGGACCCGUCUUCCUUUGCAGCCGGGCCAUUUCAAGCAGUGCGCGUGAUCGCGCGUCCAGACAUAGGAGCAGCCCGUGGUGACGAGUGCUCGGCGUACUUGACCCAUAUCCUUGCAAAUUACCAGAAGCUGGCGGACUUUAUUGUCUUCCUCCAGAGUGAUCCGAUGGAUCACUUACACAUGGACUUCUUGGACUUGGUGCUGAGGAGCAUCGCGGCCGGCACCUAUGAUGUCGGCUUUCUUCCCUUGAAUGGUCCUCGCCACGUGCGGACGCUCACACCAUGCCUGCAAGCAGUUCACGAAGAGAUCUUCGGUGAGAACCUCACAGCCCUUGUAGGGCCCUACUGCUGUGCGCAGUUUGCAGUGUCCCGGGAGACGGUCCAGCAGCGCAGCCUGGACUUCUUCUCCCGUAUGUUGAGCUUGGUUGAUGGCUCCCGUGAUGUGGAUCUAUGCGGCGUGGAGGGCACAAAGCGGAGUACGCAGUGCUACGGUUUCGAGUUCCUCUGGCAUGUGGUCUUUGGUGAGGAGGUCGACCCACCCAGCCGAGAAGACGACAUGCGCCUGCCGGUGUCGCUGCGCCUCAAGCAUGGCAAGGAGCAUUCUCGGCUAAACUGGAUUGGAAUGCCUCUUGCCCGCGACAUCCCCCUGAAGCUGGUGCCAGAUCAUGAGCAUGGCAACCCUAUGUUUGCAGAAGAAAAAGGCGUCUGCAGACAGGAGGCAGCGCUGCCCAGAGAAAUUAAUCGGCCAUUAUGCAGGGUGUGA